GAUGCGACACACCUAACCUAGAAAUCAACACAUCAAGCUAUACAUCUUGUUUUCGUACUGACUAUGUGUUCUCGUCGUUUCAGAUGACGUGAAAUGAUAUUUUUACUCGCUAGUUUUUAAAUAUCACCGUUACUCUACCAGUACAAGGUGCAUCGACCGACAAGUCAUCAUGACAUCGAUCAUCAAACUUCAUGCCAUUUCCGGAGCUAUGGACGAAUCCCCUCCGUGUUAUAUACUCCAAGUAGACGAGCUAAGAAUACUCCUUGAUUGUGGAUGGGAUGAAAAUUUCGAUCAGGAUUUUAUCAAAGAGCUCAAGAGGCACGUCCACCAAAUCGAUGCAGUAUUAUUAUCAUACCCAGAUCCAUUGCACUUAGGUGCUCUACCGUACUUAGUGGGAAAAUGUGGUCUUACUUGUCCAAUAUACGCUACAAUUCCAGUCUACAAAAUGGGUCAGCUGUUCAUGUACGAUAUGUACCAGUCUCGUAACAACAUGGAGGAUUUCGACUUGUUUACUCUAGAUGAUGUUGAUGCAGCAUUUGAUAAGAUAGUUCAGCUAAAGUACAAUCAGAGCAUUUCAAUGAAAGGCAAAGGCUAUGGAGUAACAUUGACGCCUUUGCCAGCAGGCCACAUGAUUGGUGGAACUAUUUGGAAGAUUGUUAAGGUUGGGGAAGAAGACAUCAUUUAUGCAGUUGACUUCAAUCACAAGAAAGAAAGGCACUUGAAUGGAUGCGAAUUAGAAAGGCUGCAGCGUCCCUCCCUGCUAAUCACUGAUGCUUUCAAUGCUACAUACCAGCAAGCCAGGCGGAGAACUAGAGACGAAAAGCUUAUGACAAAUAUUCUGCAAACCCUUCGAGGCGGUGGAAAUGUUCUAGUGGGAGUAGAUACAGCUGGCAGAGUAUUGGAGUUGGCGCACAUGUUGGAUCAACUUUGGCGGAAUAAAGAAUCUGGUUUGCUUGCCUAUUCGCUAGCACUUCUCACCAAUGUUAGCUAUAACGUUGUCGAGUUUGCCAAAUCACAAAUCGAGUGGAUGAGCGAUAAACUGAUGAGGAGUUUUGAAGGGGCCAGAAACAAUCCGUUCCAAUUCAAGCAUUUACAGUUAUGUCACAGUAUGGCCGAGCUCAAUCAAGUUCCGAGCCCCAAGGUUGUUUUGGCAAGCACACCUGACAUGGAAUGUGGUUUCUCACGAGAACUUUUUUUGCAAUGGUGCAGCAAUCCGCAGAACAGUAUUAUACUUACCAGCAGAACCUCUCCGGGUACGUUAGCAAGGGAUUUGGUGGAACACGGCGGAAACAGAAACAUCACGCUGGAAAUAAAAAGGCGCGUCAAACUGGAAGGUGCUGAAUUAGAAGAGUAUCAGAAAAAGCAAAAGUUGAAGCAGGAACAAAUAAAACAAGAAGCAAUGGAAACAGCAGAUGUGAGUUCAGAAUCUGAGGAUGAGAUAGAAGUUGGUGGUGCGAAAGGGAAGCAUGACUUGUUGGUGAAACAGGAAAUCAAGCCAGGCUUUUUCAAGCAGAGUAAGAAGCAGCAUCCAAUGUUUCCUUUCAUAGAAGAGAAAAUCAAAGUGGACGAGUACGGGGAAAUUAUCAGACCAGAAGAUUACAAAAUAGCCGAAGCGACGCCCGAAAUGGAAGACAAUAAAGAGAACGUUGAAGUAAAACAAGAAGACGCCACACCACAGCCAGAAAUUGCUGCAGAUAUACCAACCAAGUGUAUUCAAAUGACACGCACGGUUACAGUCAAUGCUUCUGUGACGUACAUAGAUUUCGAGGGUCGCUCUGACGGUGAAUCUCUGCAAAAAAUUCUUGCACAGCUCAGACCCAGACGGGUUGUCUUAGUCAGGGGCUCCCAACAAGAUACCGAAGUUCUUGCUCAACAGGCUCGGAACGCUGGAGCGAGGGUGUUUAUCCCUGGCAGAGGAGAAACUCUAGAUGCUACGACUGAAACACAUAUUUACCAAGUUCGUUUAACAGACGCAUUGGUUAGUGGAUUGAAUUUCUCCAAGGGUAGAGGAGACACAGAGGUUGCUUGGAUAGACGCACUGAUGACCAUUCGUGAUCAAAUACGUCGUGAUGCUGUUGCUGAUACAGAUUCUUCAGAAACCGUUGAUCAAGCGGACCAAAUACUUACCCUUGAACCUCUACCGCUCAACGAGGUUCCAGGACAUCAAACGACUUUUAUAAAUGAGCUGAAACUUUCUGAUUUCAAGCAGGUAUUAAAUCGUAGUAACAUUCCGUCAGAAUUCAGUGGUGGAGUUCUAUGGUGCUGUAAUAACACGAUUGCAGUUAGAAGGCACGAGGCAGGUAAAGUGAUCCUUGAGGGAUGCAUUUCCGAAGAAUAUUACAAAGUGCGAGAACUACUGUACGAACAAUACGCAAUUGUUUGAUUAAAAAUUUUAUUUCAUUUCUAAUAAAGAUAACGGACUGAAAA